AUGGGCAACAAGAUUGUUAAAAUGUGUCAAGGUCUACCGUUGGCUGCAAGUGUGUUGGGAGGCCUCUUACACAACAAGGAAAAACAUGAAUGGCAAUCAAUUCUUGAUGGCAACCCCCUUGUUGCAGGUGAAGAUCAUGACAGUGGAGAAAAUAGCAUAAAGAAAAUCCUAAAACUCAGCUAUGAUUAUCUACCAUCUCCACAUUUGAAAAAAUGCUUUGCUUACUUUGCAAUGUUUCCAAAAGAUUAUAUGUUUGAAAAGGACCAACUAAUCCAACUCUGGAUGGCAGAAGGGUUUCUUCGUCCAAGUCAAGAGAUCCCUGUGAUGGAAGACGUUGGGCACAGGUUUUUUCAAAUCUUGUUGCAGAAUUCCUUGCUACAAGAUGUUGAGUUAGAUGAGCACAACAAUAUAACACACUGUAAGAUGCACGAUCUUGUGCAUGAUUUGGCUAAAGAUAUCUUAAAAUCUAAACUAUUUGAUCCGAAGGGCGACGAUGGAGAAAAACUUUCUCAAGUUCGAUACUUUGGAUGUGAGUCACCAAUGGAUCAAAUAGAUAAGAUAUAUGAGCCACAACGUUUGUGCACACUGUUUUGGAGGAGAAAUUAUAUGUCUGAAGAUAUGCCGUUGAGCUUUAAGUUCUUGAGAGUUUUAAAUUUGUCUAGUUCAGGAAUCAAGGAGUUGUCGGCCAAAAUCGGGAAGCUGAUAUACUUGAGAUAUCUUGAUCUCUCCAACACUAAGAUCACAGCCUUGCCCAACUCCAUUUGCGAGCUCUAUAAUUUGCAAAUAUUUAGAGUCAUCAACUGCUUUUUACUCCAGGAACUUCCAUAUGAGAUGGGAAAUAUGAUAAGUUUGAGACACAUAUAUUACACUUCUGUUGACAAAAGAUAUGAGCAUUGGGGAGGAUGGUGUAUUUGCAAUGAACAUUUUCAAAUGCCACUUAAGAUGCGACAAUUGACUUGUCUUCAAACCCUCCAGUUUUUCAAGGUAGGUUUAGAGAAAGGUCGUCAAAUAGAAGAAUUAGGUCAUUUGAAAAACCUAAGAGGUGAAUUGACAAUCAAAGGUCUCCAAUUGGUCUGUGAUAGAGAAGAAGCUCAAACAGCACAUUUACAAGAGAAAUCGAAUAUAUACAAGCUGGCAUAUCUGUGGUUUCAUGACGAACCGGAAGGAAGUGAGACCAAUUAUGAGUAUGUGUUGGAUGGUCUUCAACCCCAUCCUAACUUGAAAACCUUAGCAAUAGUGGACUAUUUAGGGACAAAAUUUCCUUCAUGGUUCUGUGAAGAUUUGCUUCCAAAUUUGGUCAUGUUGAAAUUAAGUGGUUGCAAAAGAUGCAAAGAAAUUCCAUCACUUGGCCAACUGAAAUUGCUUCGGCAUCUUGAGCUGUUAGGAUUUCAUGAGGUGGAAUGUAUCGGGCCUAGAUUUUAUUGUAUUGAUGUUAACAAUAAUGGAUCAAACAGCAAUAUCCAAGUGUUCCCGUCACUGAAAGAACUAAUAUUGGAGGAUAUGUGUAGCCUUAUUGAGUGGAGGGGAGAUGACGUUGGGGUAAGAAUGUUUCCUGAGCUUGAGAAGUUGAGCAUUACUAACUGUCCAUUGUUAAAAAGUACUCCGAAUCAAUUUGAAAUCCUCCAUGAAUUAAGUAUUGAUAGAGUUGACAGUGAAAUGCCACUGUUGAACUUGUGCAGCAACUUGACAUCUCUCGUAAAGCUUAGUGUCAAUGCUGUGAAAGAGCUCACUUGUUUUCCUGAUGAGAUGCUACGCAACAACGUUUCUCUUCAACACCUAUCGGUCUCAGGCUGCGGAGAGUUUCGUGAAUUGCCACAAAGCUUGUACAAUCUCCAUUCUCUUAAGAGUUUAAUGAUUGACAAAUGCACCAAUUUCAGUUCUUUUCCUUUUACCAAGUGGAAUGCUAGAGCAUUGUCGGUCUCUGGAAUUUUUGGUGGUCAUCUGCUGUAA